CUGCGAAAUGCAAUCCCGCCAAUCUAUUUUGCUUUAACAGGCUUUUCUUAUCUUUGUGCAAUUCAAAAGAUGCGAAAAUGGAGCCAGGGUUAAUAGCAGUGGAUGAAUGGAAUUGCAACAGAAAAGCGUAUUUUCUAACUCAUUUGCAUUUAGAUCACAUCGAUGGCUUUUCUUCGAAAUGGCGAAGAGGCCCUCUUUACUGUUCCGCUUUAACCGCAUCCCUCCUUGCCAUAAAAUUCCCAGCAUUUGACAAAACACUAAUACACAUUCUGGAGGUGGGAUCGCCUUCCCUUGUAUCUCUUGGUUCUGUUGAAAUGCUGCUGGAAGUCACCCCAAUUGAAGCUCAUCACUGCCCAGGUGCUGUUAUGUAUUUGUUUCGUGGCAAGUCCGGAUGUGAAUUGUACACUGGUGAUUUUCGUUGGGAGGUCCAGGGUCAGAGUUCUAGGAUUGGUAAGGAGCAACUCCUUACUGCACUUGGUGGAGAAAAAGUCCUCUAUCUUCAUCUAGACAAUACCUUUUGCAAUCCAUGCUUUGAGUUUCCUCCUCGUAGUGUUGCAGCCGAGAAGGUUGUUAACAUUAUUUUGCUUCAUCCCAAGCAUGAUAUCGUUAUAGGAAUUGAUACAUUGGGUAAGGAAGAGUUGUUGCUUCACAUUGCAAACACUUUAAAGAUAAAGAUCUGGGUUCGACCUGAACGUCUACAAACUAUGCAUCUUCUUGGGCUUCCUGAUGUUUUCACAAUAGAUGCAUCUGUUACCAGAGUGCGUGCAGUGCCACGUUAUAGUCUCACUCUCCAGACUCUAGAUGUGUUGAACUCAAUGCAUCCGACAAUUGGUAUUCUUCCGACAGGUUCUUCAUUUCUUUUUCAGUCUACUAGCACUGAAGGUUCCUUUUGUAAGAAUACCCAUCUGAAUGCGGCCUGCAGGAAAAUUGGAGGAAGUUUGGAUUGUCGUAUUGGAGGAGAAAGAGCUUACACAAAUGCAAGUCUAAUGAAAAAUUGCAAUCUGGGAUCAUCAAAAAAUUCUGUCACUUCGAUUGAUGGGAAGCUGUACUUAGUACCAUACUCUCUACAUUGUUGCUUCCCUGAGAUACGAUCUUUUAUUGAGCUUAUCAGACCAUCCCACUUGUUUGGGAUUGUACCAUCCACUACUCUUAAUCCUAACAUUUAUUUCAGUCAUUUAUGCAGCCGAAAGCAGUUGUAUAUGCAGGAUGAAGUGCAUGACAACACAAAAUGCAUAUCAGUAGAAAGAGACAUUAUUAGGCAAGCAAAUCAUUGUAGCUAUGAAUGCAAAGAUGUUCUCAAAGUUCAUUCCAGAACUAGAUACAAUGCUUUAUACAAUAAAAUAGUAUCCAGGGCAAAAUUGAGAAAUUAUAUCUCAAUCUAUUCAAACAAAGUAAACAGAUAUAGACGAAAAGGCUGUGGUACGAAGAUUAGUCAUUGUGAUAAUGACAAAUAAGUUACAGAAGGAAAUCCUUUUAACAAUGAUAAUUGAAGACCCCUUCUAUAAGGGGGAAAAGGUAUUGAUAAAUUAGUGUGCCCUUUUUUCUUCUUUGUUUCUUGCAGUAAUGUGUAUUAUUGGCUAAUUGAAGUUCUUUUGUACUUCUUUC